AGCUCCCUGGAGGUUGGCUGUGCCACGGGCCUCGGGUGAGCCGAUCUCCUUUCGCGCCGAGAGAGGGCUGGUGAUCAGGAUGACUCAGAAGGAGAACGCCUUCCCUUGGCCCUACGGCCGCCACACGGCUCAAUCUGGCCUGAACACCCUGCCACAGAGAGUCCUCCGGAAGGACCCUACCACCCCAUCUUCGCUUGUCCUCAUGAGCCGCUCCAACGCCCAGCCCACAGCUGCCCCUGGCCAGAACAGCAAUGGGACACCCAACUUAAUGAGAUCCUUCACAAUUGAUGACUUUGAGAUUGGGCGUCCUCUGGGCAAAGGCAAGUUUGGAAAUGUGUACUUGGCUCGGGAGAAGAAAAGCCGUUUCAUCGUGGCGCUCAAGGUCCUCUUCAAGUCUCAGAUAGAGAAGGAGGGUGUGGAGCACCAGCUUCGCAGGGAGAUCGAAAUUCAGGCCCAUCUGCAGCAUCCCAACAUCUUGCGUCUCUACAACUAUUUCUAUGACCGUCGAAGGAUCUAUUUGAUUCUAGAGUAUGCCCCCCGUGGGGAGCUCUACAAGGAGCUGCAGAAGAGCCGCACUUUUGACCAGCAGCGAACAGCCACGAUCAUGGAGGAACUCGCAGAUGCUUUGAUGUACUGCCACAGGAAGAAGGUGAUUCACAGAGACAUAAAGCCAGAAAAUCUGCUCUUGGGGCUCCAGGGAGAGCUGAAGAUUGCUGACUUUGGCUGGUCUGUACAUGCCCCCUCCCUGAGGAGGAAGACAAUGUGUGGCACCCUGGACUACCUGCCUCCAGAGAUGAUUGAGGGGCGCACGCACAAUGAGAAGGUGGAUCUGUGGUGCAUCGGAGUACUCUGCUAUGAGCUGCUGGUGGGAAACCCCCCCUUUGAGAGUGCUUCACACAAUGAAACUUAUCGGCGCAUUGUCAAGGUGGACCUGAAGUUCCCCCCUUCUGUGCCCGUAGGAGCCCAGGACCUCAUCUCCAAGCUGCUCAAACAUAACCCCUCAGAACGUCUGCCCCUGGCCCAGGUCUCAGCCCACCCUUGGGUCCGGGCCCACUCUCGGAGGGUGCUGCCACCUUCAGCCCUUCAGUCUGCCCCCUGAAUCAUCCCUGUCAUUUACACAGUUGCAUCUAUAUUUGUAUGUCUGUAUAUGGAUAGUUGGAAGAAGGGGUCUCUGGCCUGUUUCCUUAUCUGUCCUCUACCUCUUUUUUAUUUAAUAAAGGCUGAAGCUUUUUAUAAUGAUGAGUAUAGAUGUUUACAGGUGGAGACUUUGCUAGAGAGGAAGCUGUCCCCCAUGGGGAGGAACCUGGGAGUUGUCCAUGCUGGAUACCAGGGAUGGCUACUAUAUUACUGCCCUGGUAGCACCCUUCCCUCAGCUCCCAGCCACCUUGCCCCCACUCUUUUCUUUCCUCUGCUCUGUCUCCCAGCGUGUGGAGGUGCUGGGGACCUCAGCUUCAUUCCGCUAAGCCUAAUCUCUGCCCACCUCUUACUUCUCGCUCUCAGUUGUCUGACCUCUAGUCUUUCUCCUGGUUCAGUCCCUGCCAGCCUUGGAGCAACUGAACAGUGCUGUGCCCCAGCAGGUGUGCCUUUCUGUUUGUCUUACUGCUCUAGUCAGGAUCUAGUACAGGAGUGAAUAGAAGCAGUACUGAUGGUGUCUCGUUUCUAAUUAAGGCUUCACCCUCAGGUGGCAGGCUUACCCUCAUUUUGCAGAUGAGGUAACUGAGACACAUGAUCUGCCAAAAGUCACAUAGCUAGUGAGUGGGGGAGCCCAAUUUUAAAACUCCACAUUUAAUACCAUGCUAGAAUGGUAUAAUGCUGCCUUUUCACAGCACAUACAAUUAUUUUAUAUAUAUUAUAUCACAGAAGUGGAACAAGAAUUACAGUUUUUGCUGUUAUUAAGUAUAAUAUUAAAAAAAUCCUUUAUUGGGUUAAAGUAGGGCUAUUUUCUCUCUACUUUGCUAAGGGGUUGGUUUUUUUUGUAUCAAUAGGUGUUGCCUUUCAUCAAAUGCUUUUUCUGUAUUAUUUGCUCUUUUAAUCAAUGUGGUGAAAUACAUCAAUAAAUUUUCUUAUUUUUAUUUUA